AAAUUAUGGUCAGCGUUCAGCAAUGCAUAAUCAAUCCUUACAUUGCCAUCCAUCAACAACCAUGCUCCUCAACUCUACGAUAUCACCUCUCACCUCUCCUGCAUCACCUCUCUCACUCUUCAGCAACAAAGCUUCUCCUCGCACGGCAGCACUGCUCCAUACUUCUGUUAUCCCUACAAUCCCCUCAAGAACCAUGAGGGGAUCUCGCGUCCCACAGACACUGAUCAUGUUCUCAUCGUCUGGCAAUCAGACAACGGUGGUCGUCCCAUCACAGGAUGUCGAGGAAACUAUGGAAUCGGCAGCCGACGUUGUUCGGAGCUUCUACAGAGGAGUCAACGACCAUGAUCUUGCAUCUGUGGAGAACCUUAUUGCCGAGAAAUGUGUGUACGAGGACCUCAUCUUCCCUGCUCCAUUCGUUGGUCGCAAGGCAAUCCUUGAAUUCUUCAAAAAGUUUGAUUCUAUCAGCACUGAACUCAAGUUUGUAAUUGAUGAUAUCUCUUCACAGGAUUCUUCGGCAGUUGGUGUCACAUGGCAUCUAGAAUGGAAGGGAAGGUCUUUUCCUUUUAGCAAAGGUUGCAGCUUUUAUCGGCUGGAGGUAAUUGAUGGCAAAAGGCAGAUCAUUUAUGGACGAGAUGCCGUUGAACCUGCAAUCAAACCUGGGGAGGCAGCUUUGGUUUGUAGAAUCAGCCUCUGAAUCCAUCACCUGCACACACACACACGCACAUCUUUCUUUUACAUGCCAAGCAAAUCAAACAUUUUUACCUCCCAAAAUUGGAAAAACAAAGAAAUUCAAACAUCUCAGAAGUAAAUUCUACCAUGUAUCAUCUUCCCUUUUCUUUAUUGUUUAAGGCUUGAAAUCAUAUACCAUCAAUAGUUUUUGAUCCAUUAUGGUUCUUUCUUUCCUUUGCAUACAGGUUGCUAUCAGGGGGGUAACAUGGUUGCUGCAACAAUUUCCUCAGUUGGCAGAUAGGCUAUGAGGAGAAUGUACUUAAUGGAAUAGCAUAAGCAGUUUUAUUCCAUAAACAAGUACAUGCGAACUAUCUAAGUAAACUGUUAACCAGAAACUAGCUCGCGCUGUAUGAAUGUUAGUUCUAGCUAGAAACUUGGGAAGGCCUUCAGUCCAUCGAGGCAACAAGUCAUGAGGAGGAAACCUGUACACUUUAAAAGAAGUAUAGUGUUUAUUGUAAAUUUGUGCAAAGUUUCUAAUUAUUACAUGUUAUUUUGUAAGUAUUAUCUCUCAACUGCAAAUAAAUUAUCUGGAAUGAUUUUUUUUUCUUUAGUAGAUAUAGACCAAAUUGGCAGGCAUCAUAAUAUGUAUAAUUCUCCCGAAUAACAGUAUAACUUUUAU